AUGAGUGGCUAUUAUGGUGCAAUCUUACUGGCAGAAAUCAAGGAAAUUAGUGAGAAGAAACGAAAAGAAGAUGAUAUUCUUCUUGCAAUUGCUGCUGGAAACAGACAGCCUAUUAUUCCUCACUUGGAAUUUGUGUAUCCUGAUCCAGAGAUUCAUGAAGAUCUGUAUCAACUCAUCAAAUAUUCCUGUGGAGAAAUGUGUACAACUGAUCAGUUGGAUAAAGCUAUGAAAAUUUGGACAACAUUUUUAGAACCCGUGCUUGGAGUUCCUUCUCGAUCCCAAAGUCCGGAGGAUACAGAAGAUGUUGUUAAGGAUAAGAAUAAUUCUGCCAAAAGUGGCACUGAAAUUGGUGAUGAUGCUAGUCCUGUAAUGAAUCCUAAGAAUUUAAACAUUAACAGAAAUGGGGAUGAAAACUAUCCACUUGAACAAUCUCAUUCCUGCAAACAAUGGCAACCAAGUGGAGAUAAUAAGGUUAAAGAGGAUAAUCAUCUUGAUUCAGACCUCUCUGCACAUAAGACUGAAGCCGUAGGAAGUAGUACACAGCAGGGUAAAAUGAAUAUAAAUGCAUCUCUACCUGAUGAAGUAUCAAGAGCCAGUAAGCAAGAUCGUUCCACUGAACGGUUGGUUAAUGUCAACGUCUCGCUGUCAUCGGCUAUGGAGCAAAGUAAUAGAAGAAUGAAUGUGGAUAAGGCAUCAGGACUUGUUGCUACUCCAUCAAGACCUGGUAAUAUACCUACUGUGGGAGGAGUUGAUUUACCUUCUUUAGAGGGUGCUGAUUCUACAAGACCAGUGACAUCCACUAAUGGCCCCAUCAUUGAGGACACUAAAGUUCGCAGAUAUCAUGAAGAAUCAGUUGGACUCUUCAGAAGUGAAAGAGAAGAGGGUGAGCUAUCACCCAACGGAGACCUUGAAGAGGAUAACUUUGCAGCUUAUGGGCAUACUGAUUCGGAGGCAGUUCAUAAAGGAAAAGAUGGUACCAUUUGCCGACAAUACCAAAACAGACAUGGACAAGAAAUUCAUGGUGAAGUAGGAGGAGAAAUUCAUGGUGAAGUAGGAGGAGAAAAUGAUGCUGAUGAUGAAGGAGAAGAAAGUCCCCAUAGAUCAUUGGAGGACAGUGAGAAUGCUUCUGAAAAUGGUGAUGUUUCUGGUACUGAGUCUGCUGAUGGUGAUGAGUGUUCUCGAGAACAUGAGGAUGGGGAUCAUGACCAUGAUAACAAGGCUGAGAGUGAAGGUGAGGCAGAAGGAAUCGCUGAUGCCAAUGAUGUUGAAGGAGAUGGUGCCUCAUUGCCAUUUUCAGAGCGGUUUCUUGUCAAUGUAAAGCCUUUGGCAAAACAUGUUCCUCCAGUGUUGCAUGAGAAAGAAAGGACUGUUAGAGUCUUUUAUGGAAAUGAUUCCUUCUAUGUGCUGUUUAGACUUCAUCAGACAUUGUAUGAGAGGAUACAGUGUGCAAAGGUUAAUUCAUCAUCUGCUGAAAGGAAGUGGAGGGCUUCAAAUGAUACAAACUCUACUGAUCAAUAUGGCAGGUUUUUGAACGCCCUUUACAAUUUACUGGAUGGUUCUUCUGAUAGUACAAAAUUUGAGGAUGACUGUCGAGCUAUUAUUGGAACUCAAUCGUAUGUCUUAUUCACAUUAGACAAGUUGAUAUAUAAACUUGUUAAACAGCUUCAAGCUGUUGCGGCCGAUGAGAUGGAUAACAAGCUGCUUCAACUAUAUGCAUAUGAAAAAUCAAGAAAACCUGGAAGAUCUGUUGAUUUAGUUUGUCAUGAAAAUGCUCGUGUUCUUCUUCAUGAUGAGAACAUAUAUCGUAUUGAAUGUUCACCUGCACCUACCCAAUUGUCUAUUCAACUGAUGGACUAUGGAUUUGAUAAGCCUGAAGUGACUGCUGUGUCAAUGGACCCUAAUUUUUCAGCUUAUCUGCACAAUGACUACCUAUCCAUUGUCCCUGACAAAAAGGAGCAAUCAGGAAUAUACCUGAAGAGGAAUAAGCGCAAGCAGGGCAGUCGUGAUGAAUUUUCAAGCCAGGCCAUGGAUGGACUACAAAUUAUCAAUGGACUGGAGUGUAAGAUAGCUUGCAAUUCGUCUAAGGUUUCAUACGUUUUAGAUACUGAAGACUUUUUAUAUCAAACAAGAAGAAAAAAAAGGAGGACCUUGCAUCAGAGCAGUUCAUGCCUUGAACAAUCACAGUCCUUAAUCAUUUCUUCAAGCAGAGAACAACGGGUCUGCAAAUUAUUUUCAAUUUGA